AUGGAGAUGGAGACCGACGCGGGGGCCAGCGCAGGAAAACAGCCGGCCUGCCUGAACUGCCGUCGCAGCAAAAUUCGCUGCAAUCGCCCGCCCGGCCACGCGCGGUGUGAGAAGUGCCGGCAGUUGAAUGCGGAGUGCGUCGUGCCGAGCCACCAUCUGGGAAGGCAGAAGGGCGUGAAGAAUAAGCGCAAAGGCCUGGAAAAGGCCAUACAUCAAAUCGAGCAAGCCAUCAAACGGCCAAAGACCGACUCCGGUUCAGGCCCCGACGAUGCCCAGAAAGCCAUUGCCGGACUACAGGAUCUGCUGUCACGGUUCCAGGGCCAAUUGACGAAUGACCCGGAGACAUUCUCGUCGGGCUCAGAUCGAGAUCGCGAUCGAGAGACCGAGCGAGAUGGCCGCACGCGUCAUCCACUUUCCCCUCGUGAACAGGUUACGGAUGAGAAUCUGAUGCUAGAUGAUGCGGAGAAUCCGUUACAGUUGCUGGCACGAGCUUCUGAUUUGCAGAUCUCGCCGACAGGUGUGCGGCAUCUUCCUAUAUCUUCUCCCGCGCCGUUGGUUGCUGCUUCGCCUCCUCUACCGCAGGCCAGCGGGAGUGGGGAUGUACUAGGUCAGCGGAGUGCGAAGGAUUUCUUUGUUCCGACGCGGGCAAGCUUGGAUGUUGGGGAUGAACUGGAUCCUGUUGAGCUGGGGCUUGUCACGUUUGAUGAGUCUGAGUCGUUGUUUUCUUACUUCUAUCAGAAUCUCGCGCACACUCGAUGGGGACUGGAUCCUCUUGUGCACAGUGCACGCUUCGUUCGAGCACAAUCUGCAUUUCUCUUUACCUCGAUUAUGGCGGCUGCCGCUCUCUUCUUACCAUCCGCUGGAGCCCUGUCGAAAAGGCUUUCUCGCCAUGUGAAAUGGCUCGCAAAACGGGCGAUGACCCAUCGACAUCGUUCCGUCGAAAUAGUUCUGGCAUUCAUGGUGAACGUCCCCUGGAUGGCCCCCGGAGACCGAUUAGGAGAUGACGAUACAUGCUCGUAUAUUGCCAUGGCGCUCACCGUGGCGCUCGAUCUCUCGCUGAACAAGAUUGUCACGCCGUCGUCGAGCUUCGAUCGAGGUCUUCUCAGCAGACUGGCUCGGGCUGAUUGUAUCGACGCGAGAAGGGCAUUGCAUAUGGACGGUUUUGAUGAUGUUGAUCCUGGAUCGGAGUGGGGGAGGAGGUUGUUGCGGCGGCGUGAGAGGACAUGGAUUGCGUUGUUUGUCGUUGAAAGAGGUGUCUGUCUUGCCCGAGGAAGAAGCUAUACAGUUCCACCAACGGCAUUGAUUGAAAAUUGCGAUUACUGGCAUAGGUCAGAUAUUGCUGAUAGACGAGAUGGACCGAUGAAUUCGAUGGCCAUUCUACGGCGAGACUUGGAUGACCUCUUUCGCAAAGUCAAGUUUAGCUGCGACAGCUAUCGUAUCGUCGAUACCGGAUCCGAGGCAGCUCAAACGAUAAAAAAAACCAUCGAGAGCUUCUACGCCAACUGGUACGCAACAUGGGCCAUGGCCAUCAGCGAGGAUGGAGCACACCACCUCCCCCCAUACGUCGAGAUUCUCGUAACACAUACCCAACUCUCAACCUAUGGCGGCGUCAUUAACCACCCAACCGCCCCCAUCGCCGUCAAGCGAUUCUUCCGAGCCGCCGGACUCUCCUCAGCACUCAACGUUCUCCGAGCCGCCAUCCAAGGCGAAGCAAGGCUCAAGUCCAUGCCCAACAACACCGUCAUCAUGAUAUCCUUCGCCGCAUGCUCUGCCCUGAGCCUAAGCGUAACACCAGGAGAUAGUCGCUCCAGCCUCGCGCCCAGCGUGCGGGCCCUUAUCGAAGAAACAGCCGGUGUCCUCGAACGCAUCGGCGCAACCCCAGACCACCGCAACGGCUCCUCGGUUCUAUACGGUCGAUUCCUUCGCGAACUUAUCCGUCGCGGACCAAACAUGCAAAUGCCACAGACCCGUGAUCCACGAAUGGAUCUACCAGAACCGGUAUUAAAUCCGACUGGCAGUACGAAUACAGCCACUACUACAACUCUGCCUGCAGUUCCACCUGCAGGUACAAGUACAAGCAUACCCGACCGACCUCCAUCAUUAUCAAUAUCCCAACAGCCACUUCCACCCGACCUCUGGUCGGAGCCGAUGCAGUUCUCGGCCAUGUCCGACGGCCAAAUCAUCGAUGCGGUCAACCGAGCUGGAAGUGCGUUUGGUUCCUCGAUUCCGGAUGUCCCUUUUGAUGAUAUGCUGAGUUGGGACUGGCCUGAUUUCGCAAAUACAGAAUUCUCCUUUUGA